CAGGCAAUGUUAAGUCCGCGCUAAGAACCACCCCUUCGCUAGCUGGGUACAAAGUAUGAGCGACAGUGAAAGAUUCACUUGGGAGAUCCACCCGAUCCGUCGUAUCUACCGUCUCAUCAUCGAAGUGCGAACUCUCGCAAAAGUCUCGCGUGGAUAAUCGAAUCCUCCCUCCCCCAACCACUCUUCUUUCGUACCAGUUCUUCUUCUAGUUCUCAAUCGGUGUAGAGUUUAGGCCGAUGGAGACUUUAACAAGGCUCUGGGCUCUGGCGACUGCUAACCUUUCGCACGAGCGGUCGUUGUACGCCGGUGUGUGCGCGCGCAUGCAAGGAUGCGGCAGCGCGUGCAGAAGGUAGAGGCUGAGGCGAGUGCGUGGGGAGGCUUGCUGUGUGUCCGGAGCGAGACAAAGUAUGAAUUAACAACAACCAUCCAAAAACUCAGCAGCAAGUGGGAAGUCUACCUGGACGAAGGAGCACCAUUGGGCUGCGCGUGUUGCAGGUGAAUAUGCUUCACGGGAAAACACUGACCUCCACCUUCCUUUUUGUCUCAACGCUGUCCUUGACCUUGCUUCUCGUCGGAUUUGCUUCAGGAGAUGUCCACUGCGAAAACAACAGUGAUGUACCUUUGACAGACGAACAACGUCUGUACCGGAAGCUCCGGUCGAACUAUGACCCGUCCACGCGCCCUGUGUAUAAUGCUUCCCAUCCAGUCACCGUUAAAAUUGGCAUCACACUGACUCAGAUCUUCGACUUGGACGAGAAAAACCAAGUGCUGACAACUAACGUUUGGCUAGACCAUGAAUGGGUAGACGAGAAGAUGCGGUGGAACCCGGAAGAGUACAACGGACUUCAUGUUCUGCGCAUCCCUUGUGCGCACCUGUGGAAGCCAGACAUUAUUCUCUACAACAGCGUGGAGGACUAUACAGGUGGCUACAUGCAGGCUCUGGCCAUGGUGUCCUCUGACGGUACAGUCUUCUGGCCGCCCAUCGUCAAGUUUCAUUCCACCUGCGCUAUUGACAUCACUUUCUUCCCAUUCGACGACCAGGUCUGCAAAAUGAAGCUUGGCUCCUGGGCAUACGACGGCUUUCAGGUGGAUGUCGUGAAUCGUUCGAGUGGGGUGGAUUUAUCCAAUUACGUCACAAACGGAGAGUGGGAGCUGUUGCGGGUGGACGCGGUGCGAAACGUCGUGACGUACCCUUGCUGUCCGGAGCCUUUUCCGGAUGUGACGUUCACGAUCUAUCUGCGCCGGCGCACACUGUACUACACCUACAACGUCAUCAUCCCGUGCGUCAUGCUGUCCACACUGACGCUGCUGGUCUUCUGGAUGAGUCCGGAGAGCGGCGAGAAGGUGACGUUGGGGCUGACCGUGCUGCUGGCAUUCUCUGUCUUCAUGCUGCUCAUCGCCGAGAACAUGCCCGCUACCUCCAGUUACGUGCCCCUCAUUGGUAUCUAUCUCACCAGCGUCAUGGCUCUGACUUCACUGUCCGUGAUUCUGGCCGUGGUGGUGUCCAACAUCAGCAACAGAGGCAAGAAAGAGAAGGUCAUGCCGCGAGCCUUCAGGUCUGUCGUCAUCGGCCUAGCACGCGCCAUGUGCUUUCAGCUUCAUUACGUUAGACCUGACGUCACAUCCGGCAGAUGCCUGGGGCCGGGCGGAUCGUCGCGAUCGCGUGCAGGAGUGCUGUACAAAGGGGUCCACAACCACCUGUCCAGCGACUCCGGCUGCGGCCUCAUCGACUGCGAGACCAGCUUCGAUCUGAGCGGCGGCAACAUGGCCGCCUCCACCUCUUACUCGCCCGCUAGUGGCACCCCCAUGCAGGUUAGCGCCGCGGCCUUGAGGGCAGAGUUCGGGAGGGCGAGGCGGGGGCUGAGCUUAGAGCGGAUGCUAGCGAGCUGGACGAGGUGCUGCUACGUCUUCGCGACGUCCUCGUGCGCGAGGAGGAAAAAGACAGGGAGAAAACCUGUGCCGGGAGUGGCAGGAAGCGGCGGAAGUAGUGGAUCGAUUCCUCUUCUGGCUUUUUGUGUUGGCCACGCUGGUGGCCUCCUUACCUCCCUUGUGGUCUUGCCUCUCACCAAGAAAUCGGUUUUGUGAGGGUGGGUUGGCUGCAAGCUGAGUUGUGGAACUUUGACCGCUGUGUCAAAGCGAAGAGUAAAAUAUUUCUGCAUUAUGCAUGUUCAGGGGCUACGUGUGCAUGGCAUUUACGGUGGUUCUGGUAUCCAAAGGUGAUUUCUUCACAUUAGACAUAAAGGAAUUAUCUAUUUUUCAUUUUAAUUGGAACUGCUUGUAUGGUUGUAAGAUUAGAACACGCACACCUAGUGCCACGUUCCUUGUGCUUUGUGUGUGAGAGAGAGAAAGAGAGAAAAGGAGUUAAAAUGUUGAAUGUCUGUUGUUUGUUUUAUGUGGCGCUAGCAAAAUUGAAAAAAGAGGAGUUAAUGGAAUAAUGAAAGAAGUUUCUGAGCAAGCUUUCGUGAAAGUUUGUAUUUACAACAGUAUGUGCACAUUUUGUGUACUCCGUUAAAUGUGCAGACAUGCAUUAGAAGUACAUCUAGCUACAGUUAGAACUUUUACAGAAGAAGAAAUACUCCUCAAAUUUCCAAAAUGAAUAUUACCUUUACUUUAGUUUCCAUAUAAGCAAUUUCUAACUAGGCUAUUUUUCCGUCCUUCAUAUAAUUUGUUAUACUCAAAUUCCAGUUCUUGAAAAAUUGCAGUCGCCUACGGAAUGCUCUUGGACCCACUUUCAGUGUUCAGUAGCAGCUAGUGAGCGAAUGACAUGUCACUAUACAUUACCCAUCUCUGAACUGUACAUAGUGUUGUUUGACAUGCUAUUAUGGAUCAUUUCGGUGCUUCCAAAGACAUAAUGAAGCAGUCUGCUGGUAAAACUAUCGCGAGACAAAUUUUUCGGCUUACGAGCAUGAAAACUGUGGUAUUCAUAUUACAACUAUUUUCAUUAUAUUACAGAGUGUAUGUAACUGCUUUAUUGUCAAUUUAAAAUAGUCUUAUAGUGUUGAACUUACAAGUUGUAGCGCGGUGUUUUCUUCAUUCAAAGAUUUCCAGGAAUAUUUUCUUUUUAAUUUUAUCAUGUUUUAACGUUACACCCACUGUGCUUUUUUGCUUUGCAAUCCCAACAUCCUGAGCAUCUGGCGCUCAAACUCUUAAUCUUUUUAUUUGGUAAAAUUUUUCUUAGUUUUGACAGGAAGAAGGAAGCUCCACUAAUGAACCUGCGCCGUGAACCUGACACGAGACUGAAUUUUCCAUGCUUCCCUUCAAACAGCACCGCUACGUUAAUCCCAGGUCCCUUCUUUACUUAUAUUUGUUUACGCACAAUAAGCGACCUUGCAAUCAUCCCCAUCACUAUCGUCGUCGUCGUCGUCGUCGUCGUCGUCGUCGUCAUCAUCAUCAUCAUCAUCAUCAUCAUCAUCGUCAUCGUCAUCGUCAUCCUUUACUAAAGUCUUUUCGUUUUAAACUGUCAGUAGAAGUUUCUUCUACUGAAACACUUAUUUUAAAAAUUGUGGUGUUGGCUGCAUGGUAGAUGCCAAUCUAACUUAGCACACAACGUUGUUGUUGGCUUGCAAAGUGUCAAAGACAUUAUUUUGUGCAACAGCGGUGCUGACUGACUGCUAAGGUAGGUUUACAGACAACGAAGUGACAAUGGAGCAGAUGUAGUUUAUUUCUCUACACAAGCUUCAGCUGCAGUGAGGCCAAAAAAGCAUAAUAGCUAAUUUACUAGAAGCAUUUUUAGAUAUAACACCUCAGUGAGAAUAUCCUAGAAAACCUCAGUCCUAGGAUACGGGCUCUUGCACAUGAUAUGUUGGACUGUGUUUUCGUACACAAACCCAGUAGAAACACAAAGACCGUAGAACCUGAGCUGAGAAUGUAACAAUAUAAUUAAUAAUGUAUCCGGAAUGAAGAGCAGAGCUAGAUACUGUGUUCAUGUAGAUCUAUGUACAUCACCAGCACACCCGUCCCACCACCACUACACACACACGUGCCCACAUGCACGCGCACGGUCUCGUGCAUCCCUUGUCUCUAUGCCUGUCUCACUCUCACACGCAGGACAGUCGUCCACAACACAAGAUGAUGUGCUGCAUCGACAAGACAAUUCUUUUUGUUUGUCAUGGUUGUUACUGACAUGUGUUAAACUUUACAUGCAAACUGUAAUUGUUUGUACUUUCAUGAACUAUACAACUAACCUGUAAUUGAUUGUACUUGCAUGAAGUAUAUAACUACUUUGGGACGUACAGUGUACUAAUUUUAAAAUGUAUACGAUCCUAGUUAUAACACAAUAUGACUAAAUAAAACAACUAACCAGCCCCUCAGUCUUGCGUUUUUAAUUUAAAGAUGG